AUGGAUCCAAUCAAGGGCACAAGAAAACUUCAACCCAUGAAAUGUUACAAGAAGGGUGAGUACUACUUUUCUAACAAUCUCGUUCUUCACUAUCUCAUAGCUCUGAUUUGUACCUUGUUGUGUUCAUAUCCUUUGUGGUUCCACUCUCUAUUGUCUUCAAUGAGCCACUUUGUCUUUGUUAGUACCCAAAGCUUCAUUUCUUUCUUCCUCAACCCCAAGUGCUUGUUCAUAGUAGGCAAUGUCAUUGUUGUCAUCCUCGUCCGAGAGUCAAAGCUUGCUGGUUCGCGUCCAUCUCCGGCCACUGAGAUUUAUGACGAGUAUGUUAGGAGGAGCCAAGCUCUUCGCAAAGCCUCUACGUACAAGGAGAAGAAAGAAGAAGGGAAAUUGACAGAAAAGUUAACUGGUGAGGAGAAGAAAAACAGUAUUGAAACUGGAUUGAAGAAGAAAAACAUGCAGACGAUAGAGAGAGAUCGAAAAGGUGAUCGUCAUCGCGAAGAGGAGGAGCCUGGCUUACCUGUUCAGGAGUUGAACAAAAGAGUUGAAGAUUUUAUUGCUAGGGUUAACAAGCAAAGAUGGCUUGAAGAAUACAAGCUCUGA